GCCUGAUUACUACCUGCAUCUUCCCACGCACUUCUGCUUGCGGCGGCAUCAUCACUUCACCCGGCCAGGAAGCUCGAAGAAAACCCCGUAAUCCUCCGAAAAUCCCAAAAUGAGCUUAGUAAGAAACUCAAUCAGAUCCAACUUCAAUGUCAGCGCUUUUAAGCCAAACCAUGCAAUUUCUUUCUGCCUCCGCCAUUCGUCCAAGCAUUUAUCCACUGAAGCGGAGCAACCACCACUUCCACAGGAUUCAUCAGAACAUCCUUUUCUCCGAACUACCGGCGCUGGUACGGUUUAUGCCAAGUUGUUUGGCAUCACAAAAAACACAUUGAAGACUGACAUUAUCAAUAUGCUUGAUGGGAGUAAUUUGACCCCUGAUGAUAUUAAAGUCAGCUACAACCGCGACUUUAUGCCUGUUGGAAUGAUGCUACAAUUCCCUUCUUAUUCUGCAUUUGAUAAUGCAUAUAAGGCGAUGAGAAAAAAGGGUCGCUUUUACAAGUUGGAUAGGAGUGACCGUUCUCAGUGGGAUAUUCUUAUGCCUUAUGAUGGGAAAACUCUUUUACUCCAAGGACUCCCUAGAAAUGUGGUCCCUGAAGAUGUAGAACGCUUCCUGUCUGAUUGUGAAUAUGAUCCAUCCUCCUUACAGCUGUUUCCAAGGCAAGGAUUUCCAGAACCUACUAAAAUUGCCCUGAUACGUUUUUAUACAAGGACCGAGGCAAUGAAUGCAUUGAUUACAAAGAACCGAGCCUUUUGUCUCAAUAGUCAAAUCUCAGUUCGAGUUCUCCAGUAAAGCUUAUUUGUUACUUUGCCCCGGCUACUUUGUUUGGGAUCCUCUCACUUCAAGAUCAAGUUUUGCGAUAGAUAUUUCAAUUAGUUGGACUCUAUUUAUCUCAGCCUCAGUAUACCAAGAGAUUUGGAUUCUCAAAUUUGCUUAGAACAUGUUAAAUCUUCAUGUUUUCCUUAAAGGAUUAGCUGUUGUGAUGUUCUGAUAGUUGGAAAAGCAUGAGAAUGACUAUUGUAGCUGUGUUAUAACUUCAAGUGGAUAAUUAGAUGUGAAUUAUCAUAAUACUUUAGAUGCUUUCUACCUUUGCUUUA